AUGGGCGGCUUUCUGGGAUUUUGCUACCGUCAAUUGACAUACAGACCGCACCCGCUACCGACAAGCGCGUCGCUGAAGGGGCAGACGGCACUCAUCACAGGCGCAAACAGCGGGCUCGGGCUAGAAGCAGCUCGUGAGCUCGCUGCACACAAGCUUUCCCGCCUCAUCUUGGCCGUGCGCGAUGCUUCCAAAGGGGAAGCGGCGAAAAAAUCGAUACUAGCCACCUCACCCGAAUGCGCCGUCGAGGUUUGGAGCCUUGAUCACGAGUCGUACGACAGCAUUGCCGAGUUUGGGAAGCGCGUUGCUGCUUUGGAUCGCAUCGACUACGCGUUGUUGAAUGCGGGAGUGAAAAAGCUAGAAUAUUCCGCUUCUUCGAGCACCGGACAUGAACUCAAUGUUCAAGUCAACCAUAUCGGAACCUCCGCCGUGUCUCUUGCCGUACUUCCCGUGCUUAGGAACACGGCUAGGAAGGUCAACUCGCCAACCCGGCUGACUAUUGUUUCAUCGGAAGGUCAUUUUUGGAUUCCUUUCAAGGAGCAAAGCGCGCCGGACAUCCUGAAGCGUAUGGAUGACAAAGAGACGUUCGGGACAGCCAUGCAGCGAUACUAUACUUCCAAGCUCCUGAACGUGCUUUGGGCCAGAGAACUAGCAAGCAAGGUCUCUCCAGAGGAAGUCGUUAUCAAUACCGUCAAUCCAGGCUUCUGCUACAGUGGACUACACCGACACGAGAGCACGGGCAUCAUUAAGAUCUUUUUGUGGAUGCUCGGCUGGAGUAGCGUGCAGGGUGGACACUGUCUGACCGAUGCUCUUGUGCAGCAUCGUGAUUCGCAUGGCGAGUAUUUCAGCGAACAACGCCAGGUACCCCCAUCGAGUUUCGUCUUGUCGCCGCAGGGGCAGAACGCGCAGAAGAAGAUAUGGCAGGAGACAAUCGCGCUUUUAAAGGAAUAA